AGUACACGUUGACCUUCGAUCCUGCAAAAUCGUGUCAAAUUUCAUUUAUGCUGUAAACUUGCAGCCUGGCCACUGUCCUCGAGGCUUUAAUGCACCAGAAUUCGGCACUAUCCCCUCCAGGAGGUAGCUUAGAACCUUCUUCUUGACCAACAAGAUGUCUUCUCAACCAUACUUUGAGACUGUCAAAUCAUUUGCAGAUGUUCCAAUCACCGUUGAUGGUGUGGAAACCUCGCUUUUUCUGGAAGCGUCUGAAGGGCUGGUUCAAUUGUUCGAUUUGCUUGGCUCAGGUGUAUUCGGCUUUGUUCAGAAUGAUAUAAAGGGGAAUAUAGGGGGUGUACGAACUCGCUACCAGGCCGAUUCUUUUAGUUGCUCCACGCUCGAGAAUCUUGUCAGAAGCGAAGUAUCAUUAGAUGACCGACAUGGGACCGGUUGUUUGAUACGCCUGACCCGUGGUUUGACAUUCCUAUGUAGAGCUCUUCAACACAUGCAGAAUGACCCUUCUGUGGAAUUACACGUGUGCUUCAAGCGUUCAUACGACGAAGUCUUGAGGCAGCAUCAUACGUUUUUCGUACGGUCACUCGCCGCCGUUGCUGUUCGGGCCGCACCGUAUCGCCGUGACUUCUAUAGUCGUAUAUCGCAAGGUGCGCCCAUGGAAAAGUUAGAUGCGGAGCUAGCGAAGUGGCUUUCUGGACUUGAUGUAAUUGUGAAACGUCUGAAGGGAUUCAUCGAGGGAGAAGGAUACGGAAGGGUAUGAAGUGGAGAAUCUUACGAAUAUGGAUUGAUAUCAUGCAUGCCGCACU